AUGGCAGUUAAUGUGUAUUCUACGUCAGUGACCAGCGAUAACUUGAGUCGACAUGACAUGCUGGCGUGGAUCAAUGAGUCCCUGCAGCUGACGCUGACAAAGAUUGAGCAGCUAUGCUCAGGCGCUGCGUACUGUCAGUUCAUGGACAUGCUCUUCCCAGGCUCCGUAGCGCUCAAGAAAGUGAAGUUUCAAGCCAAAUUGGAACACGAGUACAUUCAGAACUUCAAGGUUCUACAAGCAGGUUUUAAGCGAAUGGGUGUGGACAAAAUAAUUCCUGUGGACAAACUAGUGAAAGGAAAAUUUCAGGACAACUUUGAAUUCGUCCAGUGGUUCAAGAAGUUUUUUGAUGCAAACUAUGAUGGGAAGGAGUACGACCCUGUUGCUGCUCGACAAGGCCAGGAGACAGUAGCACCAAACCUUGUUGCUCCGGUUGUGAACAAGCCCAAGAAAUCUCUCGGUUCUAGCGGUGCAGCCCCACAGAGGCCCAUCGUCGCGCAGAGGACCGCAGCUCCCAAAGCCGGUGCUGGGAUGAUGAAGAAGGCUGCGGGAGAUGAUGAAUCAGCAGGACUGAUCGAGCAGAUCAAUGUAUUGAAACUUACGGUCGAAGAUCUGGAGAAGGAGAGAGACUUCUACUUUGGGAAAUUGCGGAACAUUGAAUUGAUUUGCCAGGAGAACGAAGGGGAGAACGACCCAGUGCUGCAGAGGAUUGUGGAAAUUCUUUAUGCCACAGAUGAGGGCUUUGUGAUACCUGACGAAGGAGCACCGCAGGAGGAGCAAGAAGAGUAUUAACAGACCACAUACUGUACCAGCAGAGCAGCAACAUCAGAAUUCUUUGCCCCAGAUCAUGUGCUUAACUGUAAAAUACUCCACUUUAUUCUUAGAGGACUCACUGGUUUCUUUUCAUACGCAAA